ACCACCACCUGUCAUCACCACCAUCACCACCUGUCAUCACCACCACCACCACCUGUCGCCUCCAUCACCACCACCACCAGUCGCCUCCAUCAUCACCACCACCACCAGUCGCCUCCACCACCACCACCACCACCACCAUCAUGCACUGCAAGCAAGACCCGCUCAUGGAGCUCUCACUAACGAGGCGGGUAGUCAUCUUCAUCAUUGGUGUAGUGGAGUCGAUGCUCUUCGCGGGCACAGUCUUCGGGUGGCCCCAGCUGGUGCACGUGUUCAAGGUGGAAGGUCUGUACAGCCACCUGUGUGACGAUUCAACCACCCUCCACCACAACCACACUGCCCGUCCACCGCCCGCCCACAACCCCUUCAACAACACCCGCUGCUGGGACCGCAACACCACCUUCCAAUUCUCCAGCAGUCAUAAAGUGGGUGUUGAGCAGUGUGAGGCCCAGGACGAGAGGUUCGCCCUCAUCUUCACGGUGACGGUAGGAUGCUACAGCGUCCCCGCGGUCCUCGUGGGCUUCCUCCUCCACCACGCCGGCCUAAGGGUCACCAGGGUGUCCGCAGGCUCUUUGGUAUCUCUCCUGUCUCCAGAGACUUGUUACGUGUCCUCUCAAGUGGCCUGCAUUAGACUUCAGCUUCUUAUAAUCCUCAAGGACGAUGAUGUCGAUGGGCUUCCUCUUCCUGGGAAUGGCAACGAAAGAGUCGCCGAACUGGGUUUUCGUGGCAAUGAUCCUGAUGGCUCUGGGCGGCAACCAGCUGAGAAUGAGCGUGAUGCAGUUCGGGGACCUGUUCCCUCUCCACCGCUCCACCGCCAUCACCCUCCUCUCGGGCAUGUACGCCGCCUCCGCCUCCCUCUUCCUCGUCUUCCAGUACACGGCGGAUGCAGGGAUCGCUCGAGCCCACGUGUGCUGGGUCCUGGCAGGCAUCAGCGCCCUCAGUAUCUUCCUCAGCUUUAUAAUGCCCGUCCACCACAUUCCAGUUCUGGAUAUAUUAGGGAAACAGACACGCUCCUGCGGGCUGUUGUAGAUGAGUGUGUCUGUGAUGGCUGCACGCAUGGUCUCGCCCCGACACUAACCCACCAACCUCCUGCAGAUGAGACGAGGGAGGCAACAAAAGAUCCUCCGCCCCUGGGUAAGAGCCUGUGGUCUGGGUCCUCUUACCUCCACCAGUUCUGGUUCUUCAUCAUGCUCUUCGCCAUCAACGUCUACCAACAGACUUACAACGUCUGGGUUACAGGGUCGUCGUGCAGUGUGCGGGAGGCGGGGCUGUACUCCAUGUUCUUCAGCUACAGCAACCUCUUCACCGUCUUCUUCGGCCCGCUGGGAGGAGCCUUUACGGACUACAUGGUCCGGCGCGCCAGGGACACGCCCAGUGAGGUGGGUCGACGGGUGAAGGAGAUCCAGGCGCCAUUUUGGCCCCUCUUGAUCAGCAGCCUGGCCACCACCAUCACCUACGCCUGCAUCCUGGUCUUUCGCCCUCUCGCUGUCUACAUCUCCCUUGUGGCCAUGGUGGUGGCCAGGCCCUGCGUCAUCGCUGUCUCCACGGCCUACCUCAGGAUCAGAUUCCCUGCUGAGCACUUCAACAGGCUGCUGGGGAUCUACGGGUCGGUGUCUUCUCUCCUGAUGUUCCUGCAGUACCCACACUUCAUGUGGGCCCAACACAUGUACUACCCAGCGCAUGCGCUGGUGCUGGCGCUCCUCGUCCUCAGCUACACCAACCCCAUCCACUUGUUGUUUACGCCCCUCAUGCGCGAUGCUGUUGUCAUCAGAGACCAACUGGAAGAGGAACAACUCUGCCCUGUCAGGACCCUCAAAAAAACCUUCAGAGAAAGUCCGUGAAAUGCGCUAGUGGAGUGAGAAACACUGUAGUGUGGAACUCUUGCCAUAUCGGCCUUAACCACUACUGUAGAGUGCGGUGCAACUUGUCGAGAUCACCAUAAGUCACAAAGGAUGCAUUUCGAUUAGAUCUCUUCCAGAAUGAGGCCUGUUGAACACAGUGAACACCAAUGUAAUCUUCCUCCACUGAAAAUCCACAGCAGAACAAAUGUGCCAGCAAGAAGUACCUGACUAACCGGAUUGUAGUGGAUGUGUGGGCCUGCAGACAUCAGCGGAUGUGUGGGGCCUUUCAAGCCUGUUGGAACAAGUUAUCACAAGUCAAGCCUGGCCCCAGGCCGGGCUUUGGGAAUAAGAUAACUCCAUAAACCUCUCCAGGUAAAUACAUCUCACACGCUGGCCAUACAACGGGGAUCUUGUGAUGAAUUGAAUAACCCAACUCUCUUAUAUGAAAAAUCUGGAGGCAGCUCAACAAGGCCAAAGGAAAAUCGCUUCCUGAUCCGGCACGUCAUGUUCAUCCUGAGCAAGAAGCAGAAAGUUUAUCAAAUCUAUUUGCUUCAAGAGCCAGUUCCACUCAACUUCCUCAAGCAGCUCUGACUUACCAACAAAAACUUCGAGCAGCUAGAUGGAAAAAAAUAGAUGAUGCUUUAGCCUUACGUGACGAACUAGACCAACCUUUCAAUCUGAAAGAACUCAGAAGAGCUACAAAGAAAACUAAAAACACAACUCCAGGAGAGAACAAAAUCACUUAC